CAUUUCACCUUGUUUGCUACAGACACGGAGUAGCUAGCCUGGUUACUGUGCGCAUAUUUCCCCUAUUUCCUGUCUGAAAACAGAAUAUAUCUCAUAGAGGACUGUCUAAAUACUUCAAUUAAUCAUACAUUUGGCAUCCUAAAGCCUCAAAAUGCCAGAGACUGAGCUCUACUCAAAUCCCCUGGCACCUGACGGCCAUGAGGUGGAGGAUCAUCGGUCAGCAAAUCAGUCUAAGCUGACCAAUGAAGACUUCAGAAAGCUUUUGAUGACCCCUCGAGCUACACCUUCCUCAGCUCCACCAUCAAAAUCAAGACAGCAUGAAAUGCCACGGGAGUAUAAUGAAGAUGAGGACCCUGCUGCACGUAGGCGGAAGAAGAAAAGUUACUAUGCCAAGUUGCGUCAGCAAGAGAUGGAGAGGGAGCGUGAGCUCGCUGAGAAGUACCGUGACCGAGCCCGUGAGAGACGUGACGGUGUCAACAAGGACUACGAGGAGACGGAGCUCAUCAGCACCACGGCCAACUACAGAGCUGUGGGCCCCACGGCAGAAGCGGAUAAAUCGGCUGCAGAGAAGAGGCGUCAGUUGAUCCAGGAGUCCAAGUUCUUGGGUGGUGACAUGGAGCAUACUCACUUGGUGAAAGGAUUGGAUUUUGCCCUGUUGCAAAAGGUACGAGCUGAGAUCACCAGCAAGGAGAGAGAAGAAGAGGACAUGAUAGAGAAAGUACAGAAAGAAGUCAAAAAAGAUGAAGACCCUGAGCAGAAAAUUGAGUUUAAGACACGCCUUGGAAGAAACAUCUACCGCAUCCUGUUCAAAGGGCGACAGAUGGAGAGGAACGAGCUCUUCCUGCCAGGGCGCAUGGCCUACGUGGUGGAUCUGGAGGAUGAGUACGCAGACACAGACAUCCCCACCACACUCAUCCGCAGCAAAGCUGACUGCCCCACCAUGGAGGCCCAGACCACCCUCACCACUAAUGACAUCGUCAUCAGUAAGCUGACCCAGAUCCUUUCUUACCUGAGGCAGGGCACACGUAACAAGAAACUCAAGAAGAAAGACAAGGUGAAGCUUGAUGAAAAGAAGGCACCUGAAGCAGACAUAGGCAUAUUUGACGACAUCGGAGACUACGCUCCGUCCACCUCAACGAAGGUCAGCCGAGAUAAGGAGAAGGAGCGCUACCGUGAGAGGGAGAAGGAGCGGGAGAGGGAGAGAGACCGGGAGAGGGAGCGAGAGAGGGACCGAGAGGAGGAGAAAAGACGGCACAGUUACUUUGAGAAACCUCGAGCAGAUGAUGAGGCGAUUGAUAUUGAGAAAGGUCCAGGAUCAGUAAAGGACCAGCUCAAGUUGAUUAAUGAGAAGUUUGCUGGUGCUGCAGGAGAUCCGUGGCCAGGCCAAGAGACUGCUGGAAUAAGGCGUGAUGAAAAGAAGAGUCUCGGCGACUUCUUUGGAACAUCGAACAGCUACGCAGAGUGCUACCCAGCCACUAUGGAUGACUUGGCUGUGGACAGUGAUGAGGAAGUGGACUACAGCAAAAUGGACCAGGGUAACAAGAAAGGUCCUCUGGGUCGCUGGGACUUUGACACACAAGAAGAGUACAGUGAUUACAUGAAUAACAAAGAAGCUCUUCCCAAGGCUGCCUUUCAGUAUGGCAUCAAGAUGUCUGAGGGCAGAAAGACUCGCCGCUUCAAAGAGACAAACGAGAAGGCCGAGCUCGACCGCCAGUGGAAGAAGAUCAGUGCUGUAAGUAUGGUCUCAUCUGAUCACCUGACUGUUGUAUUAGGCUUGCAAUGUGACCAUAGCCAAGUUCAUGUUGACUCACUCUUCUUGCCUUGUCAUUGUUUAAUUUCACAGAUCAUUGAGAAGAGAAAGAAAAUGGAGGCUGAUGGGGUGCAAGUGAAAAGACCAAAGUACUGAUGACUCCUGCUAAACGUCAUCUUACAUUCUAAAUGAUCCUUAUCCAGGUCAAGUCAUCUGGUUGCUUUGACGGAGUUAAGUUCUGCCAAUAUGCAGCUGCAAGUUUACACAUAAACUUGACACAUUGUCGUAACUUAACUCAGUUAAAGCAACAAGAUGAUUUGACCUGGAUAAGGAUAAUUUGUUUAGAGUGUAACAAGAUAUUUUAAUCUUUAAAAAAAUGUGUAUAGUAGUUUUGUUUAGCAAAUUGUGUGCUGUUAAUUUGCUUGACUUAAGUAUUGCUUUUUCGAGAAAUACAUUUUGCCUCCUGAAUGUGUUGUGAAAGGUGUUUUUGAGCAUGAAAUGUUUCUCUUUUGUUUAAAAAAAAAAAAAAAAACUCCAAUUAUAGCCACAUUGAGUUGUAGUGUUUUCUUUCCUCAACUUGUGAUCAGCAUUGUAAAGGGCUUACCCAGAAAUCUUUUUAUUAAAGAGCUGUGCAAUAAGGAAUAUGUCAACCGAACCAAACAAAUAUAUAUACAGAUAAGGCUCAGACUCAUACAUGUGAGGUAUCUGUGAAUCUCUGUAACAA